AUGACUGGCAUCUACAAGAAUAAGCAAAUUGUUCUCAUGGAAGCCAUCAAGAAACAGCUCAGCGGGGCCGGCUACAAGGUCUCCGCAGCCCUCGAAGUAACCAACAAGGUGUUCCUGCAAACUUCCAGAGCCAGAGAAGCAGCCCUGGAUGGCGGCUUCCAGAUGCAUUACGAGAAGACCCCGUUUGAACAGCUAGCUUUUAUCAAAGAGCUCUUUUCCCUCAUAGUGGUCAACCGUCUGACAAAAGAACUUGGCUGUGAUGAGAUAAUUGUUGAGAGUGUUAUUUUUAUUAUAAUUCGAGAAAAUUCAUGUUGUGCGCAUUUUAGACAGUAA